UGGAAAGCUACAAUUGAUUUCAAAUGGAUUCGUGAUAAUAAAGAUGCAGUUGCUUCCAAUAUUAAGACUCGAAAUUCGGUUGCUGAUUUGGACCUUGUUCUUGAUUUGUACGAGAGAUCACUCAAUCUUCAAAAGUGUAGCUGUUUAAAUGGACGGUGGUAUGUGGUCAAACUUGUUGGAGUCUGAAUUAACUCAAACUACACAGCAAGACAAAGUCUUAGGACUUGAUCAUAAGUAUGAUUUGUAUAGCAACUAGUCAGUCACUAACCUGUUAGUGGGACUAUGGAAUAGGUCAGUAAAUGUUAAUGUUGUCCUAGUAAUUAGGAGUUAGACGUGCAAUGUGCACUUGUUAGUCGAGUCUAAAUAGGGAGUUCUGUUAAGUUUUGUAGCCUAUAAAAGGCAUAGUUCUUCAUUAAUGAAAAUUGCAUCGAGUUUACAGAAAUGUAGUCUCUAGUUUGUUCUGUGUGUGCAUCCUCUCUGCUCUCUCUCUAUGCCAAAUCCUACAAAACUGCCACCAUCAUAUUUUGCGUCCUGCCACAGAAGAUCUGAAUUUGUUGGUAGAGUUGAAAUUAUUGUACCUAAUUUUUGCGCACAGAUGACAGGAAGUUCAACGGCUCCGAGGGGAAAGAAAUGUUGUUGCUAAUAAAAUGAAAGGGAAAUUAGAACCGUCGGAACGCCAGGAACUCAUAGAAGAAGGAAAAAUUCUGAAGGAAGGACUUUUGACAUUGGAAGAAAAUCUUCUUAAACUUACAGAGAAGCUUCAGAAGGAAGCACAAUGUAUACCAAAUAUGGCACAUCCAGAUGUUCCUAUAGGAGGAGAAGAUUGUUGUGGACUACGAAAAACGGUUGGUAGUCCACGCCAGUUUGAUUUUCCUGUUAAGGAUCAUGUACAACUUGGGAAAGAGCUAGAUUUGUUUGAUUUUGUCGCAGCCUCUGAGGUCAGCGGGUCAAAAUUUUACUAUCUAAAGAAUGAAGCAGUAAUGCUGGAGAUGGGCCUGACAAACUGGGCAAUUGCUGAAACCAUGAAAAGGGGUUUUACACCUCUUACUACCCCAGAGAUUGUACGCUCGUCUCUUGUCGAAAAAUGUGGCUUUCAACCUCGUGGAUCAAAUACACAGGUUUAUUCUAUCGAGGACAGUGAUCAAUGCCUUAUCGGAACUGCAGAGAUUCCAGUUGGGGGUAUUCAUAUGGAUUCCAUUCUUGCCGAUUCUCAGUUACCCUUAAAAUAUGUUGCCUACUCACAUUGCUUCCGUACUGAGGCUGGUGCAGCUGGUUCUGCCACAAGGGGUCUUUAUCGGGUGCAUCAAUUCAGCAAGGUAGAGAUGUUCAUCUUGUGCCGACCAGAGGACAGUGAUUCCUUUCACCAAGAGCUUAUUGAAAUUGAGGAGGACCUUUUCUCGUCACUUGGGCUUCAUUUCAAGACCUUGGAUAUGGCAACAGGGGACUUGGGCGCACCUGCCUAUCGCAAAUUUGAUGUUGAGGCGUGGAUGCCAGGUCUAGGACGCUAUGGCGAGAUUUCGAGUGCGUCCAACUGUACAGACUAUCAAAGCCGGCGUUUGGGUAUCCGGUUUCGACCUUCAACAGAACAAACCUCAUCAAAUUCUAAGAAGGGGAAGGCUAAUGUAGGCACAACCCAAUUUGUACACACACUUAAUGCUACAGCAUGUGCAGUUCCAAGGAUGAUAGUAUGCUUAUUAGAAAAUUUCCAGCAAGAAGAUGGCUCUGUAGUGAUUCCUGAAUCACUAAGACCCUUCAUGGGUGGGCUCGACCAAAUCAGACCGAAAGGACAGUGAGGUUGGUUGUUUUAUUAGUUCAAAUCUUAUUCAGGGUACAAUUCUGGCAUCCUCCAAAGGUCGGGAGUGAAAUUCUUUCUAGUCUCACUUAUUUUGAGCUGAGGCUUUGAGUUCGAUCAUUCACCUUUCUUUAUUUAUUUUAGUUUUUCUUCUUUUCGCUCAAAAAAUGAGAAAUUAUACUUUCAUUAAUGGAAAAUGAAAAAUCUAACAAAAGCAGAGGAAAUCUCCAGAUCUUAA